AUGCUUUAUAGGAAAGACUACUCUUACAUCUGCGAUUACGAAAGAUAUGAGGAUAUUGAUAAUGCACCAGAAGAACGUUCUCGUGGCAUUACCAUUAAUACUGCUCAUAUUGAAUAUGAAACGGAUGCUCGUCAUUAUGCACAUAUUGAUUGCCCUGGACAUGCUGACUACAUUAAAAACAUGAUCACCGCUGCACAAAUGGAAGGAGCCAUUCUUGUUGUAGCAAUUACUGAUGGGCCUAUGCCACAGACUAGAGAGCAUUUAUUGUUAGCUCGUCAAUGCGGAAUUCCUCAACAUAAUAUUUGUGUUUAUUUGAAUAAAUGUGAUGAAGUAAAUGAUGAAGAAACUCGUGAACUUGUUGAAAUGGAAGUUAGAGAACUUUUGAAUGAAUAUGAAUAUCCUGGAGAUGAAGUGCCGAUAAUCAUUGGCUCGGCAUUAUCUGCAUUGGAAGGAAUAAAUCCUGAAAUUGGUGAAAAAUCUGUUUUUAAACUUCUUGAAACUUUGGAUAAUUAUUUUAAAAUUCCUAAACGUGAGGUUAAUGAUGAAACUAUUUUUGCUGUUGAAAAAGUUUAUAAUAUUGAAGGAAAAGGUGGUGUUGUCACUGGUAAAUUAGAACAAGGAUCAGUAAAGAAGGGUGACAAACUGGUAAUUGCUGGACAAGGAAAAAAUAAGACUACUAUUGUUAAUGGUUUGGAAACAUUUUGUAAAACUGUUGAUAAAGGUGAACCUGGAGAUCAAUUGGGUAUUUUGCUUCGUGGUGUUGAACCAAAAGAUCUUAAAAGAGGAUGUGUUCUUUUACCUCAAGGACAUAAACAUUUGCUUACUGAUAGAGUUCGUGCUCAAAUUUACGUUUUACGUCCAGAGGAGGGAGGUUCAAAGCUUCCUAUUGCCAAUUUCUUUGCGGAACAAGUCUUUUCGUUAACUUGGAAUUGUGUUGGAAAUAUUCGAAUUUUGGAUACAAAUAAAGAUUUUAUUAUGCCUGGAGAGUGUUGAUCA